CGACAGAAAGUAAAAGAUGUUUUGUUCAGGCUGCGGAAAGGCGAUUUACGAAGAGAAUAAAUUUUGUGCGAACUGUGGAAUUGAGAUAAAAAAUGCAAACAGGGCUGGCAUUAAAUCUUUUAAAGAGUAUCGAGAAUUAAAAGGAAAAGAAUGGAAAAAGCGUGUAACUAAAGAUCAAACUCCAACCGCUAAAAAAAAGAGAGAGGAAAAGGAUGUCGUGAUUAAUAUUGGUUUUAUGGAGUGGAGUGAGAAGGAACAAGAACUAAAACGUAAGCGAGGCAAACGACUUCCUCUUAGAGUAUCACCAACACUCUCAUACUGGCCUUUAUUGAAAGAAGCAGAAACCAAAUGGAAGAAUUUUAACAGCAAUCUUUACCAGCCUGAAGAAGUAUAUUUAUUGUUGUAUGAAGAUGAACGAAAUGCCAUUUUGCUGCCUGGUUCAAAUGAAAAUUUCAGCUUAAAGCGCUACCGAGAAGAGAUUGGAAAGGAUUAUAAGAAUAUAACAUUUUAUCUUUGUUCUUCAUCUGAUUUUGAUCAAGCAGAUCCUGUAUUUGGCGAUGCUUCAUGCUCUAAUCCUUCUUCUACAGUUGAUUCUAAAGAUGGUUCUGAUGAUUUAGCUACUGCUGGCAAUCAACCAAAUAAGCAGGAAAAUCAUGUAGAAUAUGAACCUACUUCUAAACAUAGAAGAUCCGAAAGCUUUGUGAAUGAAAAUGCUAAUCCUGCAGAAUCGCAAGAACAAUUGCAUGAAUCAGAACAAAUUGUUUUAGAUGAAGAACUUGCUCGUGAAAUGCAGAAGUUUGAAGAAGAAUCUGUUUUGCAGGAAGAUAUUAGUUUUGAAACAGAAAAACUAAUUGUUGACUCAUUCUCUGUAAUUAGCACAAUCUCUCAAGCUGUAGAUAGGUCAGAACAGUCGUUCAUAGUUAGGCGUAGAGGCGUACCACUGCAAAGGACACUUGCUAUAUGGAAGAGAGAAGUCAAGAAGAAUCCCCUUUUUUUGAAGAGGCUUCUAAGAGUUCACUUCUCUGGUGAACAAGGAAUCGAUUCUGGGGCAAUAGCAAGAGAAUUUUACAGUAUAACUCUUCCUGAAAUUGGUCUAAAGAUGUUUCCCAAUGGAAGUCCGAUCGAUUCUACUUCUAAUGUGGAAAAUGAGAGUUUUGUAACUUGUGGACAGAUUGUAGCAACUAGCUUAUCCCAAGGUGGCCCAGCUCCUAAUUUCCUUCACGAUAGUGUUUAUAAUCUUAUGGUUAAUCCAAAUGUGUGUAUGAGUGAUCUCGAUGCAAACAAACAUUUGACUUCAGCAGAUAAAAACCUACUUACUGCAGUCAGAAGUGAUGUUUCCCUUCAUCAGGAGACUAUACUUGAACAUGGCUACACUGGUGUCGUAAACCAAGAUCACAUAGAAGAAAUAGUCAAGUCUAUUAUAAUCAGUAUAGUAAUGAAAAGAGUAGUUUAUUUGAAAGAAUUCAUGAGAGGGCUUGGUGUAUAUGGUCUUGCAGAAGUAGUCACAAAAUACCCUGAGAUUUGCAAAUCCUUGUUUGUGCUUGAUUCAAAGGACAAUGAUAUUGUUGACGCAAACUACCUAUUUUCAUUGAUGAUUCCACAGUAUUCGCCUGAAGGAAGCUCAAAGAGAAUCACUGAAGAAACUAUCAUGGAUAAUUUUCAAGAUUUUUUGUUUAAACUGGAGGAUGAAGAUAUUACUGUAUCCUUUGAAGAAUCUGUCUCUUUUGAUGCCGAUGUCAACAAUGAAAGUGUGGCAACAUUCACCAAACCUGACUUCACACCAUCAGGUGUAAUGGGUUGGUUAACUGGUCAGAGGCACAAGCCGCUUAAUGGAGAAUCCAUCACCAUUUCUGUUUAAUCAUGAUUGUGCUAUC